AUGGACCCCUCCACCACCUCCUGUGGCACGGACCCCUACACCACCUGCUGCAACACAGACCCCUCCACCACCUCCUGCAGCACGGACCCCUCCACCACCUCCUACACAGCACGGACCCCUCCACCACCUCCUGCUCACGACCCCUCCACAACCUCCUGCUGCACGGACCCUCCACCACUCCUUGCACGACCCCUCCACCACCUCGCGCACGGACCCCUCCACCACCUCCUGCAGCACGGACCCUCCAAUACCCUCCGCAGCACGGACCUCCACCACUUCCUCCUGCACCAGCAUGACCCCUCCACCACCUCCUGCAGCAGACCCCUCACCACCUCCUACAGCACGGACCCCUCCACCACCUCCUGCAGCAGACCCUCACCAACCUCCCUCCUGCACACGACCCUCACCACCCUACAGCACGACCCAUUUCACCACCUCCUGGAGCAGCAGGACCCCUCCACCACCUCCUGCACACGACCCCUCCACCACCUCUGCAGCACGGAACCCUCCACCACCUCCUGCAGCAGCCGACCCCUCACCACCUCCUGCACGCACGGACCCCUCCACCACCUCCUGCAGCACGGAACCCCCCACCACCUCCUGCAGCAGCACGACCCCUCACCAACCUCCUGCACACAGACCCUCCACCACCUCCUGCAGCACGGACCCUCCACCACCUUCCUCAGCACGGACCCUCCACCACCUCCUGGCAGCAUGGACCCCUCACCACCUCACGCAGCAGCACGACCCCUCCCACCACCUCCUGCAGCCACGACCCCUCCACCACCUCCUCAGCCACACCCCUCCACCACCCUCGACAGCACUGACCCCUCCACCACCUCCUGCAGCAUGGACCCUCCACCACCUCUGCACACGACCCCUCCACCACCCUCCUGCAGCAUGGACCCCUCCGCCACCUCCUGCAGCAGCACGGACCCCUCCACCACCUCCUGCAAACAGCCCAAGCCGUGUCUCUCCAGCACACCCCCUGCUGGUACAGAAAUCUCCGUGCAGCUUGUAGACGGAAAGCUGUCCCUCUGGAUCCAAUGUCCACCAGCCCUUGGGGCCCACCAGCCCUUGGGGCCCACCAGCCCUUGGGGCCCCCCAGCCCUUGGGGCCCACCAGCCCUUGGGGCCCCCCAGCCCUUGGGGCCCACCAGCCCUUGGGGCCCCCCAGCCCUUGGGGCCCCCCAGCCCUUGGGGCCCACCAGCCCUUGGGGCCCCCCAGCCCUUGGGGCCCCCCUCGUGCAAAGGGAGGUGUUACAGUGCUGCGCGUGUCCAGUCAUUGGACCCCUCCCACCACCCUCCUGUGCACGGGAACCCCUAUCACCACCUUGCUGCAACACAGGACCCCUCCACCACCUCCUGCAAGCACGGAACCCCUCCACCACCUUCCUACAGCAGCACGGAAACCCCUCCACCACCCUCCUGCAAGCACGGACCCCUUCCACCACCUCCUUGCAGCACGGACCCCUCACCACCUCCUUGUGGCAACGGACCCCUCACCACCUCCUGCGGCACGGACCUCACCACCUCCUGUUGCACGGACCCCUCCACCCACCUCCUACAGCACGGACCCCUCCACAACCUUCCUGCUGCACGGACCCCCUCCACCACCUCCUUGGCACGGACCCCCUCCACCACCUUCCUACAGGACCCCCUCCACCACCUGCGGCGGCGACGGACCCCUCCACCCACUCCUGCAGCACGGACCCCUCCAUCCACCUCCUGCAGCACGGACCGCCUCCACCACUUCCUCUGGCAGCACGGGACCCCUCCACCACCUCCUGCCAGCAUAAACCCCUCCACCACUCCCCUACAGCAUGGACCCCUCCACAACCUCCUGCAGCAUAAACCCCUCCACCACCUCCUACAGCACGGACCCCUCCACCCACCUCCUGCAGGCACGGACCCCUCCACCACCUCCUGCAGGCAGUCAUGGGACCCCUCCACCACCUCCUGCGCACGGACCCCUUUCACCACCUCCUGUCAGCACACGGACCCUUCCACCACCUCCAUGCAGCACGACCCCUCCACCACCUCCUCCUGCAGCACGGAACCCCUCCACACCUUCCAUCCCCAUACAGCACGGACCCCUCCACCACUCCUCCUGCCAGCACCGGACCCCUCCACCACCCUCCUACAGCACGGACCCCUUUCACCACCUCAUGCCAGCAGCACGGACCCCUCCACCACCUCCUCACGGACCCCUCCACCAACCUCCUACAGCACGGACCCCUCCACCACCUUCCUCCUGCAGCACGGGACCCCUCCACCACCUCCUACAGCACGGACCCUUUCACCACUCAUGCAGCAGCACGGACCCCUCCACCACCUUCCUGCAGCACGGACCCCUCCACCACCUCCUGCCAGCACGGAACCCCAUCCCACCACCUCCUACAGCAUGGACCCCUCCACCACCUCCUACACACGGAUCCCUCCACAACCUCCUGCGCAGCACGGACCCCACUCACCAGCCUCCUACAGCAGGACCCUUCCCACCACCUCCUCCUGCAGCACGGACCCCUCCACCACCUCCUGCAGCACGGGACCCCCUCCACUACCUCCUGCCAGCACGGACCCCUCCACCACCUGCCUGCGGCACAUACCCCUCCACCACCUCCUGCAGCACGGACCUCCACCACCUCCUCAGCAGGCACAGGGACCCCUCCACCACCUCCUGCAGCACGGACCCCUCCACCACCUUUCCUGCACACGGACCGCUCCACCACCUCCUGCAGCAUUGGACCCCUUCCACCACCUCCUGCCAGCAGCACGUCCCUCCAUCACCUCCUGCAGCACGGAACCCCAUCCACACCUCCUGCAGCACGGGAACCCUCCACCACCUCCUGCAGCAGCACGGAAUCCCUCCACCACCUCCUGCACACGGGACCCCUCCAACCACCUCCUGCAGCACGGACCCCUCCACCACCUCCUACCAGCACGCCCCUCCACACCCCUCCUGCAGCAUGGACCCCUCCACCACCUCUGCAGCACGGAACCCCUCCAACCACCUCCUGCAGCAUGGGACCCCUCCACUACCUCCUGCAGCAUGGACCCUCCACCACCUCCUGCGCAGCACGGACCCCUCCACCACCUCCUGCAGCCACGGACCCCCUCCACCACCUCCUUGCAGCAUGGGACCCCUCCACCACCUUCCCUGCAGCACGGACCCCUCCACCACCUCCUGCAGCAUGGACCCUCCACUACCUCCUGCAGCAGGGACCCCUCCGCCACCUCCUGCAGCCAGCACGGACCCCUCACCACCUCCUGCAGCACGGACCCCUCCACCACCUCCUGCCAGCACGGACCCCUCCACCAACCUUCCUGCAGCAGCCUGCUGGCCUUCAUAAAAGGAAGCCUCCACCAAGUCCGCUGGAAGAUUGCUACCCAGACUUCUUCUUGGCAGGUCACCCAACUUAGUGAACCCCGCGUGUUCUCACAAGCCUUUGUCCGCACGGCUGCGUGGAGAACAGCCCAAGCCGUGUCUCUACCAGGCACACCCCCUGCUGGUACAGGAAAUCUCCGUGCGCUUGUAGACGGAAAGCUGUCCCUCCUGGGAUCCAAUGUCCACCAGCCCUUGGGGCCCACCAGCCCUUGGGGCCCACCAGCCCUUGGGGCCCCCCCAGCCCUUGGGCCCACCAGGCCCUUGGGGCCUCCCCAGCCCUCUGGGGCCCACCAGCCCUUGGGGCCCCCAGGCCCUUUUGGGGGCCCCCCAGCCCUUGGGGCCCACACCCUUGGGGCCCCCCAGCCCUUGGGGCCCCCCUCGUUGCAAAGGAGGGUGUUUUACAGUCUGCGGCGUGUCCCAGUGUGGACAAAAUAA